AUGGAGGAAGACGUAAGAGAGUUUGUAUUCGUUAACGAGUUUCUCAGGAAACCGAGCUUCAAACAUGCUCCAGCAGACGGCACAAAGCAAGCAAACACGUGGUCAUUCAGAACCGGGCUGGAAGAGCAGCAGGAGCGAGUCGAGUGGAGAUGGAGCAUCUCAUCAGUCAGGCGUGCAGACGGCAUGAACGAGGUUGUUACCCCGGCAGGAGCAGAGACACGCAGCUGGGUUUACUCCAAGUUGAAUCCUGCUAACACAGACGGCUCAAACGAGGAGGUAAACAGAAUCUUUUCUGUAUCAGCAGGUGGGUUAAUUCUGCCAGCACCCAGCGAGGUCUCCAUGGAGUCUAUAAAUAUGAGACAUACACUGAUGUGGCGCCCUCUGCAGUCUCACUGCAACACUGCCAUUGUCUACAGUGUUCAGUUUCAAGGAGAAUUCGAGCUGGACAUCCUGAACGGCAGCUGGGUUGAUGCUUGGGAGUGCCAGCAGAUUACCCUCACACACUGUGACCUGACCUUUGACCUGGGCUCUGAUGCAAACUAUAACCUCCGUGUCAGGGCACAGUGCGACUCACAGGCAUCGCCCUGGACCAAACUACACAGACCCUUCAACCGGAAAGAAACGGUGCCAAUGCCACCGAAGAUGGAACUGAUGCUGUUGGGCAACACACUUCAGUUGUCGUUCGACAACACUGGCUACAUCACCUUCAUCAACGUGACUGUUUGGAAGAGGGGCAGUGAGUCAAAGGCCACUGUCCACAUCGUACCAGCUGGUCAGAAGCUGAUGUAUGUCACCGCCCUGCAGGAGUCAGCUGAGUACUGCGUCAGAGCAAAGCUUGUCGUGGACCCUCAGCUACAGAGCAGCAGCACGGACAUGCGCUGCAUUACUGUCUCAGGUCCUGGUGCUACAUGGAAGAAGUCAACCGCUGUGACAGUCACUGUUAUAGUCAUGGCCGGACUCCUCUUUGCCAUGUUUUGGUCCGUUGUCCACUGUCGCCCAGACUCCUGCCAAGCAUAUUUCCGUAAAGAACCCCUCCCCCGAUCACUGGUCAAAGGACAAUCCACCUACAACAGCACCACAGACCUCCAGGAGUACACAGAGACCGUCACUGCCUACAUGAGGAAAGCUGGGGAUGAGGUGGGCCUAAGGACAGCCAGGGCCAACCUGUCACGAGGAAUCAGAGAGGCUAAGAGACAGUACUCCAGGAGAAUUGCUGACCGCUUCAAGGACAGCAGAGCCUCCAGGAAUCUAUGGAGGGGUAUACAGACCAUUAUAGACUAUAAACCCACCCCGCAGACCUGCGACAACUCCCCCUCUCUGCUGAAUCAGCUGAUAACCUUCUUCGCUCGCUUUGAGGCAGACAACAUUCCAGCACAGAAGAUCCCUCUGCCUUCUGACGUCCAGGUGCUGUCACUACCUUCGGACAGCGUGAGGCGAACGCUCAGAAGGAUCAAGGAAAGCCCCUGGUCCCGACGAUAUUGCUGGUCGGGUCCUGAGAGACUGUGCUGA